AUGUCCGGUCACUGUGUCCUGGUGCAGCAGGUCGGGGUCACUGUGUCCUGGUGCAGCAGGUCGGGGUCACUGUGUCCUGGUGCAGCAGGUCGGGGUCACUGUGCCCUGGUGCAGCUGGUCGGGGUCACUGUGCCCUGGUGCAGCUGGUCGGGGUCACUGUGCCCUGGUGCAGCUGGUCGGGGUCACUGUGCCCUGGUGCAGCAGGUCGGGGUCACUGUGUCCUGGUGCAGCUGGUCGGGGUCACUGUGCCCUGGUGCAGCUGGUCGGGGUCACUGUGUCCUGGUGCAGCUGGUCGGGGUCACUGUGCCCUGGUGCAGCUGGUCGGGGUCACUGUGCCCUGGUGCAGCUGGUCGGGGUCACUGUGCCCUGGUGCAGCUGGUCGGGGUCACUGUGCCCUGGUGCAGCAGGUCGGGGUCACUGUGCCCUGGUGCAGCUGGUCGGGGUCACUGUGCCCUGGUGCAGCAGGUCGGGGUCACUGUGUCCUGGUGCAGCUGGUCGGGGUCACUGUGUCCUGGUGCAGCUGGUCGGGGUCACUGUGCCCUGGUGCAGCUGGUCGGGGUCACUGUGCCCUGGUGCAGCUGGUCGGGGUCACUGUGCCCUGGUGCAGCUGGUCGGGGUCACUGUGCCCUGGUGCAGCUGGUCGGGGUCACUGUGCCCUGGUGCAGCUGGUCGGGGUCACUGUGCCCUGGUGCAGCUGGUCGGGGUCACUGUGUCCUGGUGCAGCUGGUCGGGGUCACUGUGCCCUGGUGCAGCUGGUCGGGGUCACUGUGCCCUGGUGCAGCAGGUCGGGGUCACUGUGCCCUGGUGCAGCAGGUCGGGGUCACUGUGUCCUGGUGCAGCUGGUCGGGGUCACUGUGCCCUAAUGCAGCUGGUCGGGGUCACUGUGCCCUGGUGCAGCAGGUCGGGGUCACUGUGCCCUGGUGCAGCAGGUCGGGGUCACUGUGCCCUGGUGCAGCAGGUCGGGGUCACUGUGUCCUGGUGCAGCUGGUCGGGGUCACUGUGCCCUGGUGCAGCAGGUCGGGGUCACUGUGUCCUGGUGCAGCAGGUCGGGGUCACUGUGCCCUGGUGCAGCAGGUCGGGGUCACUGUGUCCUGGUGCAGCAGGUCGGGGUCACUGUGCCCUGGUGCAGCAGGUCGGGGUCACUGUGUCCUGGUGCAGCAGGUCGGGGUCACUGUGUCCUGGUGCAGCUGGUCGGGGUCACUGUGCCCUGGUGCAGCAGGUCGGGGUCACUGUGUCCUGGUGCAGCAGGUCGGGGUCACUGUGCCCUGGUGCAGCAGGUCGGGGUCACUGUGUCCUGGUGCAGCUGGUCGGGGUCACUGUGUCCUGGUGCAGCAGGUCGGGGUCACUGUGCCCUGGUGCAGCUGGUCGGGGUCACUGUGUCCUGGUGCAGCAGGUCGGGGUCACUGUGCCCUGGUGCAGCUGGUCGGGGUCACUGUGUCCUGGUGCAGCAGGUCGGGGUCACUGUGCCCUGGUGCAAGUGAGGUCACCCCCGACUUUGUGAUGUAG